GUUUUUGAGACCACCACUCAACAAACAUGCCUGAAACCGUGGAAGCGCCCAAGAAGGGCUCAAAGAAAGCCGUCUCUAAAGCAACUAAGACCGGAAAGAAGAGGAGAAAGUCCAGGAAGGAGAGCUAUGCCAUCUACGUCUACAAAGUCCUGAAGCAGGUCCACCCUGACACCGGUAUCUCCUCCAAGGCUAUGGGCAUCAUGAACUCGUUCGUGAGCGACAUCUUUGAGCGCAUCGCCGGGGAGUCCUCCCGUCUGGCUCACUACAACAAGCGCUCCACCAUCACCUCCAGGGAGAUCCAGACCGCUGUCCGCCUGCUGCUGCCCGGUGAGCUGGCUAAACACGCCGUGUCUGAGGGCACCAAGGCUGUGACCAAGUACACCAGCUCCAAGUAAACCCGCUGAUCACCAGCAACACAACGGUCCUUUUAAGGACCACACAACACUUCAUCUGAGAGUUGGAAUCCUGAUUGCUGUACACGGCUAUGAUUUAUAUUGCAAUAGAAAGAGGUCAUUCACUUAAACUAGACUAUUUAUUCUGGGUAAGGGAACUGAAGUAAAACAGUAAUUUAAUCUUGUGUCACUGUGCAUCAGAAUCUGGGUUUAUUGCCAAGUAUAC